CUAUAAGGAGCCCGGGCGGCGGGUGCGGCCUCAACACCACGGCCACGCCAGCGCCAUGCUCAACGCCCGGGAGCGCGCCCUCGUCGCGCAGGUCUGGGACCUGAUCACGGGCCACGAGGCGCACUUCGGGGCGGAGCUGCUGCUCAGGCUCUUCACGGUGUACCCCAGCACCAAGACCUACUUCUCGCACCUGGGCACCUGCCCGGACGAGGUGCAGCUGCUGAGCCAGGGACAGCGCAUGCUCGCGGCGGUGGGCGUGGCCGUGCAGCACCUGGACCACCUGCGCGCCGUGCUGGGCCCGCUCGCCGACCUGCGCGCGCACGUGUUGCGCGUGGACCCGGUCAACUUCGCGAGGCUGAUCCAGUGCUUCCAGGUGGUGCUGGCCUCGCACCUGCAGGGCGAGUUCACUGUGGAGAUGCAUGCGGCCUGGGACAAGUUCCUGACUGGCGUGGCGGUGGUGCUGACCGAAAAGAACCGCUGAGCCCGCGCCCCUCUGGCCUCGGUUUGCGCGCCACAAUAAAAAGGCCUCGAAC